GUCGCGAACGUCAACAACAACAACAACAACAACAUACCUGACAACGGCGGACUGGACGGAGCCACGGGGAAGACUUAAAUACAAACACGCCCUGCAUACAGCCCUAACAAUUACCACAAACACAGAAGCAGCUUAAUUACAGAUAGAGGAAGCCCAGAUAGAGAACACCCAGGCACACUGAACACUAAAAGAAACACGAAAACUACUAAACAAAACAAAUACUAUACAAAACAAGUCUAUCUGUGGAGGUGUCCAGGUAACGUGCAGGUAGACCAGUAGCGGCUUAAUUAAUGACAUCCAAAACACCCAGGUACAGCGAACACUAAACCACGUAAACUCCUAAACAAAACCCAUGUAAACUACUAAACAAAACCCAUGUAAACUACUAAACAUAGUAACACAUUACCUGGAGGCAUUUCAAGGUGUUCAGGUGGGGUACAGGUAAACCGAAGUAUCAGUGUAAUAAGAUAGAAAACUCCCAGGUACAGCAAACACCUAACCCAUGCUAACCAUUAAACAAAGCUAGUCAUUACCUGAGACGUCCCAAGGUGGCCAGGUAGGGUGCAGGUAGACCCGUCCACUCCACACACCAUGUUUUCUGACCACAGCGACGAGCCCACCAGCUUCCCCUCCACCUGGAAGACCGAACAGUCCCUGGAAUCUGGCGGCACCCAGACAGAGGAGGUCGGCACUCAGGAUGAAGAGUGCCAAGUUACCGACCAGAUUGAGGCCGGGGUGCAGACGGAGGAGGAGGAGCAGAAGAGUCUUGGGCCAGCAGAGUAUGAUGAAGCAUCCCUCUCAGAGUUCCUGAAGCGUGUCACCCCCAAAGUGCUGAGGGAGCUGGAUCGCCGUGCCCGCAGCCAGGCUUUCCUUGGCUAUGGGGCAGUGGAGGAGGAGGCUGGGACAGGAGGCAAGCUUCUCCACACACUCCGCUGCAACCAGACAGACCAGGAGUGUGUGGUGUCCGGGAUGGGGUGGAGCAGCACGGGGUCAGUGGUGGGGGUGAGCUUCGGGGCGGGGGAGCAUGACGACUGGUGCAGCCACCGGGGCACCAUCGCCGUGUGGAACAUCAACCGCAGCGACUUUGAUGCCAACCAGCCGGAGCGCGUCAUUGAGGCUGCCUCCUGCGUGCUGUGCCUGGCCUUCCACCCCUCAAACCCGGCGCUUUUUGCUGCGGGCACUUUUAAUGGAGAAAUUCUGGUAUACGACCUUUCUCGCACGGAGGACGUCACACCCCUGGCCGUGGGGGAGUGUGGGGGAGGCGGGGUGAGCACGCUGGCCUGGGUGGAGCUGGGGGACUUGCGGGGAGGGGAUGGUGGCCCCCAUCGCGCACCCCACACCCUCACCGCCACCACCACCACGGGCCAUGUUCUGGUGUGGGCGCUGAACCUCACCAAGCAGACGUUGACCCUCAAGGCUGGGUACAUGGUGAGGACGCAGGACAUCCCCAGGGGUGUGAGGACGCAGGUUGGAGAGGACACCGGCGUGGGCAUCGCAGCCGCCUCCUACAGCCCAGACGACCCUUCUGUCUUCCUGGUGGGAGGGGAGGGGGGCAGCCUUUUCCUCUGCUCUGCCAACCCUGAGUCCCCCACCGUCAUGGACUUGAGUGGUGUUCAUCUGCAUCGGUGCGUGACGGCCACACUCGCCCCACACACUGGCCGCACCCUGGAGGCACAGUUCUCGCCUCACCACCGCCACGCACUUCUCUCAGCGGGCUCAGAUAACCAGAUACGACUGUACUCGCUUCUGCAGCCCAACAAGCCCAUCACCGCCACACACAGCGAGGAGUCUGUGACCUGUGCCCGGUGGUCACCCUCACGGCCCCUCGUCUUUGCUGCCGGCCUCUCCUCGGGACGUGUGGUCCUCCAUGACCUUGACCCCAGGACGGGCCGCCAGCAGCCCUUCAUCACCCUGGCCUCCCCCGGCAGAGCAGUUGCUGUCACGGCACUGCGCUUCAACCACAGGAACAUGACUCAGCUGGGUGUGGGGGAUGCCUUGGGGAGAGUGUUGGUGUGGCAGCUCCCCACCCAGGCUGUCUCCCCACUCCCCGGUGAGCUCUCCACCCUGCAAGGACUCCUGGAUAUCCUCAAGGACUAACAGGAACACCAACAGACCAAGAGGAGACUGAUAAACAUUCCUUAAUUAAUUUAUUUCCUUCCCUCCACUAAUGGGAAACAAACAAACAUUCCAUUUGAUCUUUAUUUCCUUUCUUUCUUUUUCCCCGUCUCCCUGUGUUGACCUUCUCCUAAAAUUGACCUGCCUACAAUACCAGUUUUCCUUUCCUCUUUUAUUAUUCCUUUUCCUUCCUCUCCUCUGUUUCUUUUUUCCUUGUCCUUCCUCUCCUCUGUUUCCUUUUUCCUUGUCCUUCCUCUCCUUCCUUUUCUCUUUUUAUAUCUAACUGAAUGUCUCUUAUAGCAAUUUAAUGUUGUUUGCCUGUCCUUAUUUAUUUUGAUUGUCCAUCUUCUAUUUUUUUUCCUUUUUCUUUUAUCCUCUGUCUGCAAUGUGAGGGUUACAGAGUGUUUAAUCUAUAGUAAUUGUACUCCCCUGGAUCUACCUAAUGCACUCUGUUUAAUAAUAAUAAUGAUGGUGAUAAUAACCUUCCUAUCCUUCUUUUCUUCUAUCUAUGCAUCGUCUUCUGUUUAUCCUCUUUUUCCUUCCUAACAUUCCUGUCUGACUCCUUUCUUUCAUCCUCUAUUCCUUUUCCUCUUUCCACACAUCUUCCAUUUAUCCUCUUUUUUUCCUUUCUAACAUUCCUUUCUAACUCAUGUCAGACUCCUCUCUUUCAUCCUCUAUUCCUUUUCUUCUUUCCACGCAUUUCCUUUUCAUCUUCUAUUCCAUUCUAUCAUUUCGUUCUGACUUUCAUCAUCAUUCCUUUUCUUCUUUCCAUGUAUCUCCUACUUUCCUCUAUAGAGCUAUACCUUUUCAACAUUUCUGUCUUUCAUCCUCUCUUCCUUUUCUCCUUAAUGUGCAUCUCCUUCUUUUCAUCUUCCAUUCCUUUCUAACUUCUACAUCAGCUUCAUUUUGGGUCAGUCAGUCAGUCAGCGAACUUUACCGUUACAAGUCACCUAGUUCUUGCGUCACCGCAUUUAACCGAGUCACGCAGGUCUCACUGUGUUCUUAGGUAGGGGAGAGUGGCGAUGAUUCGGACAGUGGGAUGGUCCAGCCAUAGCACUUAUUGUAAAGUGUAUGGGACUGAGUGCCGCGAGAUUUUGUGUGAAUGUGCAAAACUUUGUUACCUUGGCCCACAAAGGGACAACCACUCCCUAAGAGCUAUUCUUUUUUAUGUAAGUCUGAUUUUAUGUUUUUUUGCAUCUCGUAUGUAAUAUUUUCAGGGUGUAUCGUAAGCUCUCACUUCAAAAACAUGGCAAUUAGCGAGAUGUAAAUUAUUUUGGUGACGCAGCGAUGCACGGCGAAGGUGUUGCCGUAUAACACGAUCACCCAGCUCUCGUGCUGGAAAAGGGGUGUGACCACACAUUUGCUUUUUAUUGAGUCGUGAUGAUUCGGACGGUUGAUUUUUUCAUUAUUUUUAUUAAAUUUAUAUCAAUUUAAACACUAAAGGUGUUGCAACCGUUAUAAAAAGGUUAAUUUGGUUGAUUUAUAUUCAGAUAUUAUGCUUGUGAGAAAAGAAGGAGGCCAUAAUACCAAUUUUUUUAGAUAUUUCUUGUAGUUCUCCUUUUUGUUUUUUCCCCUAUAAAUAAUGAGAGGAUAUUUUUGUGCUUAUACAAAUGUUUUAUAGUAGAUUUAAUCUUGUUUAUUAGCCAAUCAAGCUUACGUUACAUAAAUAUUAAGCUGAGUAUUAUGAGUGUCCGUACCAUCCCACCUCCCUGGCCGAACCAUCACCACGGGUGGGGAUGGUUCGGACGAUUUAGAAACUUGUCUUUCACCACCUACAUCUGAAAACUGGACAUGGCUACGGGUGUCAUAUUAGCAGCCGAAAGAGCCAAAGGAUGAAGGAACAUUUUGAGAUCAACAAAAUUACACUACUUAAACUUUUUUUUCUAAAACUAUUUUUCUGAAAAGUGGCCGAAUCAUCACCGCUCUCCCCUAAACGUUUUGCUGUGAUAAAGGAACAUGAAUAUAUAAAAUUAAAACCUGU